CCUUAACGGAGAGCUUUUCCAUAGAAGGAGACUUCACGCGUGCAGCGCAUCCAAACAGAGCGAAGACAGCACUUGCUCUCUGCCUCUUGACAGCAGUUUAAUUUCACCCUGCAGACUGCACCUCACAAAUCUGUAGCUAGAACUUCGCUGUCAUUAAAAAUGUCGCUAUUCGAGACUUUUGGGGGAUUUAAAUGACUUGCGGGAAACAGAAAAGGCAAUUGAUCACUGAUUCUCUGCUCUUUUGACAGCUUUAUCAGGUUCACGAAGGUGAGAGCGAGUCUUUUCUACUGAUGCAGUAAAACACGCGAGUUUUCUUCUUUAUGCAGAUCGUUUAAGGCGACAUUAGACUUUGUAAACAGAAAAGGGUGGAGAAGAAUUGCUUUCAUACACGACUAUAAAGGUGGAGGUUGUCAGCUGAUAGGAACUGAUCUCCCUCCUCACAUGAAGGGCAUGGAGAUGUUGCGCCGCUCCUCAGUGUUUGCGGCUGAAGUCAUGGAGGUGUUUGAUCGCUCUCCCACGGACAAGGAGCUCGUGUCUCAGUCUAAAGUUUUGUGUAGGGAUUACAUUCACUCCAGACUUCAUCUGGCUGGGAUCGGAUGGUCUAAACCGGAGCACGGAUCUGGAGGAACACUGGCUGAGGUGUCUUCAGUUCUUCUGUGGUUGGGUGACGAGCUGGAGUACCUGCGACCCAAUGUGUACCGCAACGUAGCAAGACAGCUCAACAUCACAAUUGCCUCUGAGACUAUAGUCUCUGAUGCCUUUUUGGCCGUCGCUGCAGAAAUCUUCUCUACAGGUGUAACGUGGGGGAAGAUUGUGUCUCUGUAUGCUGUGGCCGGAGCUCUAGCUGUGGACUGUGUUCGGCACGCACAUCCAGCAAUGGUGCACACCAUUGUGGACUGCAUGGGCGAGUUUGUUCGUAAGAGCCUGGUGUCGUGGUUAAAGAGGAGAGGAGGCUGGGCGGACAUUACAAAGUGUGUAGUCAAUACAGAUCCCAGUUUUCGUUCUCAUUGGCUGGUGGCAGCUGCCUGUGCCUGUGGUCACUACCUCAAGGCUGUGGUCUUCUACCUGCUGAGAGAAAAAUAAAGAGCAGCACAAACAAGUGACGAACAGCUGGACUCUCCCAAAACUGGCAGAAGGGGUUUCUGGUCAAUGCUUAAGCCUUUCACUGCUCUUGAUGUGUUUACACUUGCACAAAGUUUGCACUUUUCCUUUAAAGGAUAUUCUUGUGCUCCAAGAUGAACCGAUAUAUUUAAGGCUUUGUUAUGUGUUUAACCUGGCCUCUUGCACUCUAGGCAUUCUUUGCUGUUACCAGUUUUAUUGAACCUAAUGCUGAUAUGUAAAACACCACGGCCAGCGGGCUGCGGGACACAGCUGAGAGGAAGCUAUUGUGAGCUUUGUAUUUGCGUGUGAAAUACAGUGUUCAUGUACAUAGACAAUGCUGCCCAGACCAACAUUGUCUUGUCAGAAAGUUUCUCUGAUUAUUAUUAUUUUUUCACUUUCUCAAGUGGUUUUAAUGGUCUCAAAAAUCAAUAUUCGAAAAUCCAACUGAGAUCCACAGUGCAGUGUGAAAAAUUGCCUGGAGUAUUUCGGUGUGAAAUGGAGAUCAAUAUCAGGAUUAUAUUCUUGUAUUUAUCAAGGAAAAACUCCAAACUACUGUAUGCAGGUGACUGUGGGAGAGAGCAAACAAAGUAGAUUUUGGUUGACUAAUAAAGAAAAAUAAAUUAAUUUGAUUUUGGUUGAUUAAUAAAGAAAAAUAAAAUAAUUUCAGUUCAUGCCAUACUUCAAGUCUGAGCCUGCCAAUUAGUUUUUCAUAGUGUUAUCUCUCUAUUCUUUGUAAUUAGUUAUAUUUUCAACAAAUCUUAUAUUUGUUGUUGUUGGUGACACCUUGAACAAUUGUAAGAUCACUAUAAUAAUUUAAAACUUGAUGAUGUAUAAUGUUUGCUUCAUUAUUUUGUUCUCUUGUAUAGUUUAGUUUAUGAAAAUAAUUAUGUGAAAAACUACACAUUGUUGUGUAUGCCCCACUGAAUGUAUGCAAAAUAAAAAAAAAUACAACUUUUUUUCAUGUA